GCUAGAAGAGACUUCAGGAGCAUCUAGUCCAGCCACUACCUGCUCACGGCAGGAUCAUCCUUUUCUAAACCACUCCAGCCACGUGUUUGACAAAUCAGUUUUUACAAAUCUCCAAUGAGGAACAUUUCACAUCUUUCCUAAGUAGCCUGUUCCAGUGCCUAACCACUCUUAUCAUUAGACAGUUCUUCCUACUAUCUAGCCUACAUUUUCCUUGCUGCAUUUUAAAGUUAGUUGUCUUGUCCCCUGUGGACACAGAGAAUAGUCUCUCAUCAACCUCUUUAUAACAUAACUUCUCUAUUUGAAGCCUGUUAUCACACCUCCUCUUGUCUUCUCUUCUCUGAGCUAUGUAAUUCCAGUUCUUCCAACUGUGAAUAAAUCUGUUUUCCCCUAUCAGUAUGUAGUCAGUUGCUUUGAACAUACCAUUACAUUUUCAGGUCAGAUAGGCUGACAUUUCAUAAAUUAUUUGAAAGUAAAAAUGUCUUCCUUAUGGGUACCUCAUUAGGCAACAUUGGAUAAAUAAGUUUUUGGUUUACAAAAAAUUAACUGUUUAGGAGAUAUGUUUAAAUUGCAUUUGUGAAAUUCACCUUUAUAUUCUCAUUUUAUAAAAAUUUGUUGUGUACAGUACAGUGCACACUGAAAGCCCAAGGCUUCUAGGCACUUCCAUAAUGCAAAUAAUGGCACUUUUUCCUUUUCUAACAGGUCUAUGGAAAUGCAGGAUCUAGCAAGCCCUCAUAAUCUUGUGGGAAGUAGUGAUACUUCAGGUAGCUCCAAACUGGAUAAAUCUAAUCUCAGCAGCACAUCUGUUACAACAAAUGGAACAGGAGGAGACAACAUGACUGUUUUAAAUACUGCAGACUGGUUGCUGAGUUGCAGCACUCCCUCUUCUGCAACAAUGUCUCUUCUUGCAGUCAAAACAGAGCCCAUGAACAGCAGUGAAACAACAACAACAACUGGAGAUGGAUCGCUUGACACUUUUACUGGGUCAGUAAUAACGAGUAGUGGCUACAGCCCAAGAUCAGCACAUCAGUACUCACCGCAGAUAUAUCCCUCAAAGCCCUAUCCACACAUUCUUUCUACACCAGCAGCUCAAACUAUGUCAGCCUAUGCUGGACAGACCCAGUAUUCAGGAAUGCAACAGCCAGCGGUCUAUACAGCCUACUCACAGACAGGACAGCCUUACAGUUUACCUACUUACGAUUUGGGUGUAAUGUUACCAGGCAUCAAGACGGAAAGCGGGCUUUCACAAACACAGUCACCACUGCAGAGUGGGUGCCUCAGUUACAGUCCAGGAUUUUCCACCCCGCAACCAGGCCAAACACCAUAUUCUUAUCAAAUGCCAGGUUCUAGCUUUACACCAUCAUCUACUAUUUAUGCAAACAAUUCAGUCUCAAAUUCUACAAACUUCAGUAGUUCACAACAGGAGUAUCCAUCUUACACCACUUUUGGCCAAAACCAAUAUGCACAGUAUUAUUCAGCAUCAACCUAUGGAGCAUAUAUGACCUCAAACAAUACCGCUGAUGGCACUUCUUCAUCAUCAUCCACCUAUCAGUUGCAGGAGGCUCUCCCUGGCCUGACUAGUCAACCAGGUACAGACCUACAUUCAGGGGAGUUUGACACAGUACAGAGCCCCUCAACACCCAUCAAAGAUCUUGACGAGAGAACGUGUAGGAGUUCUGGGUCAAAGUCCCGGGGUAGAGGGCGGAAGAAUAAUCCAUCACCCCCUCCAGACAGUGACUUGGAGCGUGUAUUUGUUUGGGAUUUGGACGAAACUAUUAUUGUAUUUCAUUCGCUGCUUACAGGAUCCUACGCACAAAAAUAUGGCAAGGACCCACCAAUGGCAGUGACCCUUGGCCUGCGAAUGGAAGAAAUGAUUUUUAAUCUAGCUGAUACACAUUUAUUUUUUAAUGAUUUAGAGGAAUGUGAUCAAGUUCACAUAGAUGAUGUUUCCUCUGAUGACAAUGGGCAAGACCUAAGUACCUACAGUUUUGCAACUGAUGGCUUCCAUGCAGCUGCAAGUAGUGCAAACCUUUGUCUGCCAACAGGUGUGAGAGGAGGGGUGGACUGGAUGAGGAAGCUGGCUUUCCGUUACAGAAGAGUAAAAGAAUUGUAUAAUACUUACAAGAACAAUAUAGGAGGACUCCUUGGCCCCGCUAAAAGAGAUGCAUGGUUGCAGUUAAGAGCAGAGAUUGAAGCUCUGACAGACUCCUGGUUGACAAAUGCACUUAAAUCAUUAUCAAUUAUUAGCACAAGGAGUAACUGUGUAAAUGUUUUGGUAACUACAACCCAACUUAUCCCAGCACUUGCAAAAGUCCUGCUAUAUAGUUUAGGAGGUGCUUUUCCUAUUGAAAAUAUUUACAGUGCAACCAAAAUAGGAAAAGAAAGUUGCUUUGAACGAAUAAUGCAAAGGUUUGGCAGAAAAGUAGUAUAUGUUGUAAUUGGGGAUGGUGUAGAAGAAGAACAGGCAGCAAAAAAGCACAACAUGCCUUUCUGGAGGAUAUCAAGUCACUCAGACCUCUUGGCUCUACAUCAAGCACUGGAACUAGAGUAUUUGUAACUGUAUUCUAUAGUUGACGAUCCUUUUUUAUAUUUCAAGUACACUGAAUUUUUAUGUGUGAUUCGAUGCCUCUGGCUUUACACAUAUGAAUUGUCUUAAGAAGGGAAGAAAUAUUUGGAAUGGAAAUUCCAAAAUGAAGAAUUCAGAUUGCUGAAUGGAGUUAAAACGUUAGUGCUACGUAAGGAAGCUCUAUGGUCUUAUAUAUGCAACGUUUUUAAUAAAUAAAAACUCUGGAGGUUGCUGGUACACACUGAAUGAGCCCUAGCAGGAGUGAAAAAGGACUCAUACUUGCAAAGCACCAACAUGAGUUUUCCGACCGACAAGGUGGUGUUCAACAACAUUCCUCAAUAUGGGAUAUAUUCUCAGCACUGAGGUUUGAAUCAAACUUUAGCCUACCUAACCCAGAAAAUCUGAAUUGGAAUGCACUCAGACUGUAUAAUGACAAUCCUGUCUAGACCUGUAAUUUGUGUAAAUUAUUGAUGAAGAUAAUUUACUGUGACUUUAUUAGCAGCUGAUUUUGGAAGUGGAUGCAAUUUUUGUUUUUUGAGGGGGUAGGGGGUGGGAGUGGGUUAUAUAAUAUUGUCUCUUUUAUAAGUUUGGCAAACAGAAUGUGCAUAAUGAUGUGUUGUGCCUUAAAGACAAGACCGUGUUUGUGUGUUAUAAUGUAAUUUUGGUUAAAAACUAUGUAGAUAAAAUGGAAAAAUUUUUGUGAUAAUUUUUGACAUGACCAAAUUUCAAAUUCAAGUAAUCAAAGAGCAGGACUGAAUCAAAAACAUUUAAGUAUUUUUUGCAGUAAGAAGAAAUAAAGGAAAGUUUGUGUUUUUAUUUGGAUUCUGAAUAAUUCCACUGAUCUUGUGAGACAGUUAAGAGGAUGUUGGGAAGCUGAAAUGAAAUUGGGGACCGUCACCCUAAAGCUAAAGCAAAUGUUGAACUUUCUGAAUACCGUUUCUUGAUUCUCAUAUAAGAAAACUAAGAGCCAUAUUCAUGAUUAAUCUACAGUCCACCAAAAAAAAAAC